GAAUUCUAAUUCUGGCAACACUGUUUUCGAUGAACGAAAUGAUCAAACACGUGGAAAAUAUACUGUAGUUGAAAUGAAUGUUUAUCCGUUUUAGUGGGAACGACGUUAUUGUUCUUGUACACAUAUAAUAUAUAUAUAUAUAUCUGUUAUUUAUAUAAGAAGAUUCCGGUUUAAGAGAUUUCAAAUUAUAUUUUGAAAAAAAUAUGAUUCUGAAGAUGGAGAAUUUAGACGAUUUUCCGACUGAAAUUCAAAAUCAACUUGUUACUUUUCAUGGCAAUCUCGAAAAAAUGGGAGAUGUUUUACAGACUUUACUACAGUUUGAUUUCGAGGACGAAAGACUAACUCCAUUAGAGAAAGCAAGGUUACAUUUAACUUCAGCAUAUACAAUGAACUCAUUGUUUUGGAUGUAUUUGGUAUGUAAAGGAGAGAAUCCCAAAGAACAUCCAAUUAAAGCUGAAAUAACACCUUGA